CCACAUCAUUUUCUGGGGUCUAAUCAUUAUAAUAACAUCUCAUGGUAGAAUCCAAGUCAUACAUGAAGAAAUUGUUUUUUCUAAGUCUUUUUCUUCAUUAAGUUGCCUGUAAUUCAUUAAAAAUGACAUAUAAUGCCUCCUUGUUUAAUUUGAUAUUUUCUAAUAAUAAAAUUUAAAUAGUGGAGAAAACUCUUUAAUUAGUGAAGGAUGAGUGCUCACUAAUUUCCCACCCAUGAAAACAAGCUCACCUAACUCGCCGGCCAUGGCUAUCUAAACACUGCACUCAAUCCAAAUCUAAACUCACCCCAGGCAAAUUAACUCCACGAUGGAAAACUACUUCCUCAUCUUCCUACUCGCCCUCCCCAUCUCCCUCUUCUUUGUCCUCCACCGGCACCGCCGCAACCGUCGUCCGCCGGGGCCUCCCGGCCUCCCCCUCGUCGGAAACCUCCACCAGCUCAACACCUCUGCCCCUCACAUCCGCCUCCACCGCCUCUCCUCCAAGUACGGCCCCCUCAUGUCCCUCACCCUCGGCUCCGUCCCCGCCGUGGUCAUCUCCUCUGCCAGAGUUGCCAAAGAAGUGCUCAAGACCCACGACCUCGCCGUCUCCGGCCGCCCCUCCAUGAUCGGCCAGCAGAAACUCUCCUACUCCGGCCGCGACCUCGCCUUCUCCCCGCACGGCGACUACUGGAGAGAAGUCAGAAAGAUCUGCAUGCUCCACCUCUUCAGCACCAAGAAGGUCCUCUCCUUUCGCUCCGUCCGGGAGGAGGAGAUUUCCCGCACGCUCGAGAAAAUCUCCGAACUUUCCUUUUCCUCCAAACCCGUGAAUUUGAGCGAGAUGAUGAUGUGUCUGACGAAUUCGAUUAUUUGUAGGAUUGGGUUUGGGAAGAGGUACGAGGAGAGCAGGUUUGAGGAGCUGCUAAACGAGACGCAGGCCAUGUUGGCGAGUUUCUUCGUGUCGGAUUAUUUUCCGGUGGUGGGGUGGUGGGUUGACAGAGCGAGUGGGCUGUUUGGGAGGCUGGAAAAGAAUUGGAGGGAAUUGGAUUUGUUUUACCAGAAGGUCAUUGAGGAGCACCUUGACCCUGAAAGGCCCAAACCCCAGGAGGAGGACAUCACUGAUGUCUUGCUCCGCCUGAGAAAGGAUGAUUUCACUCUUGAUCAUAUUAAAGCACUGCUCAUGAAUGUUCUUGUCGCAGGAACAGAUACAAGUGCAGCUUCUAUAAUUUGGAUAAUGACACAAUUAGUAAAAAACCCUAGAGUGAUGAAUACCACACAAAACGAACUCAGAAAUUCAAUAAAAAAGAAAAAUCUCAUAAACGAGGACGAUCUUCAGAAACUUCCUUACCUCAAGGCUGUGGUGAAAGAGGCAUUCAGGUUGCACCCCGUGGCUCCCAUGCUUGUUCCUCGAGAAGCAAUUCAAAAAUUUACACUAGACACGUAUGAAAUCGAACCCAAUACCAUAAUUUUAGUGAACGCGUGGGCCAUAGGAAGGGACUGCGAUGCUUGGGAAAACCCAGAAGAGUUCUUGCCUGAAAGAUUUUUAGAAAGUUCUAUAGACUUCAAAGGACAAGAUUUUGGAUUAAUACCAUUUGGCACCGGUCGGCGACUUUGCCCUGGGAUGCACCUUGGAGUGCUAACUGUCGAGCUUGCACUCGCCAAUCUUCUCUAUUUCUUCGAUUGGGAGUUGCCGCAAGGGAUGAAGAAGGAAGACAUUGACAUGGACAUGAUUCCUGGCAUUACAAUGCACAAGAAAAUUCCUCUUCAUCUCUUAUCUAAAAAGUAUUGUGUAUGAAUUAAUAUAUACAACCAUGUGGGUAGUAGUAAGCAUUAUCAAUAUGCAAAAUUCUACUUCCAAGUCAAUCUUAUGUACAAUUUGCUUGUAGUGGUUGCUACUUUGUCAUAAAUUUAAUAAAGGGUUCCUCCCAUAUUUUGUAA